AUGGAAGAGGAAAAUGAGACGACAGUGACUGAGUUUGUCCUUAUCGGCUAUUCUGGUAGACCAAAGACAAGGAUAGGAUUACUCGUUUUCAUAACUGUUGUGUAUUCUAUAACAGUGGUGGGAAAUGGCCUCAUCAUCUUGGUGAUUGCAGGUGAUCCUCGACUGCACAACCCCAUGUACUUUUUCCUCAGUAACCUUUCCCUCCUUGACAUUGUAUAUUCAACAUCUUCAGUCCCACAGUCCAUUGCAAACCUUCUGGUAGACAAGCCCACCAUGUCCUAUACAAUGUGUUACUUGCAAAUGAGCAUUAGUGUUGGCUUGGGUGUGACUGAAUGCUUCCUUUUGGCCAUCAUGGCUUAUGAUCGGUAUAUAGCCAUUUCCAGUCCACUACAUUACACACUAAUAAUGAGCAGGAAGUUUUGUAUUCAGUUAGCAGCUGGGACAUGGACAAGUGGCAUAUUCUUGGGGGUAAUCCCGAUUUAUACCAUGCCAGCUCGCUUUUGUAAACAAAAUGUGAUUGACCAUUUGACAUGUGAACUCAAAGCAGUUUUGAAGUUGGUUUGCUCAGAUACUUCCAUGAACCAACUGGUGAUGUUCUUAACUGGCGUUCUUACCUUGCUUGCCCCCUUUGCCUUUAUCAUUUUCUCAUAUUUGCGUAUUGUUGUGGCAAUUCUGAGAAUUCAUUCAUCAGGUGGAAGACUGAAGGCUUUCUCCACAUGUGCAUCCCACUUGACAGUAGUAACAAUAUUCUAUGGCACUGCUAUAUUCUCGUAUCUCCAACCACAAACUAAAAGUACCCAUGAAUUAGACAAGAUAUUUUCUGCCUUCUAUGGAAUUGUGACUCCCAUGUUAAAUCCACUCAUAUAUACACUCAGGAAUCAGGAAGUAAAAGGAGCAUUAAAAAGACUUGUGGGAAGAAAAGAGAAAUAA